AUGGACACUAUUGAGAGUAGAGAAAGAGAGCAGAGUAGGCUAAGACCGGAUAUCGACUCGUCUUCAUCGGAAGAUGGUGGGAAUGAUGAUGAAAGCGAUGGACGUGGCGCUAAAACAUGUGCCCCUCGUUGUGCUAUUUCGGACGUGAUUGCCGAAGAAGAAGCAGAAUGCAGAAAGUACGUCUACAUUGGACAAGCGGUUGAUUCACAUGCGGACCUUAAAUCAAUGAGGUCAGAGCAUCGUCCAACAGAGCCAAUAGAAAAUAAUCGCGUAGCGCCUGUACGGCCACCUAGACCUGGAAGGGAAACUUCUGCAAAUGAUUUAGGUAUGAUUCUCUACAAAAGCCUAUUUUUUGGUAUUUCCGCCGAUAUCGUUGAAUUUAAAAGUGGGGUCAUGGGAGUGCUGCAGUGUGCAUAA